AUGUUUGUCCUACCACCACCCCCUCCACGCUACACCAUCCCUGUCGCUUAUGCGGCGGGGGCUGCGAACGGCAUGGCGGUUCCAGUUGUCGAGACGAAUAACACAAUCUCUCACCCCGAGAAUGGAUGUCCACUGCAAGUCGGAGAGGGCACUUACACACUUAAGGAUGACCUUCUGCUGGCAACACCACCUCCUCAUCCCUCGGAAGCACCAAUCAUUAACCCGAACCCGCUUGCAACAGUCCCGUCACCUCCAACUGCUGGUGUAAAGGUCUCCCUAGUGAGCCUCGACCCGCGCAAGAAGCCUCCCACUUUCCUCAAGUCUAGCAUUACGGCCCCAGCAUUCGGAGAUGGAAAUGCUGCUCUCGCGCCACCAGCUGUGCCAGCCAAGGACGCAGCUAAGCGAAGAAAGCCCAAGAACAACAUUAUUAAGAGUAGCUCUUCGUUCGUCUCCAGAGUGAUUACACACGAGACUUCGGCAAAGCGUCUCAGCGACCGCGACCCGAAUGGCGUCUUUGCCUUUGCAAAUAUCAACCGCGCUUUCCAGUGGCUGGAUCUCAAUUCAGCUCAGAAGGAGGAGCACCUCACUAAGGUUCUGUUCACCAAGGCGCAUAUGCUUUGCCACGAUAUCAACGAAAUGACCAAGACCUCGUCGCAUUUGGAUAUCGUGAUGGGCUCUUCGGCUGGUGAUAUCAUUUGGUACGAGCCCAUGUCGCAGAAGUACGCUCGUAUUAACAAGAACGGAGUCAUCAACAAUUCUCCCGUCACUAAUAUCAAGUGGCUGCCUGGCUCGGAGAAUCUCUUCCUGGCAUCGCACGCCAAUGGUGUUUUGGUGGUCUAUGACAAGGAAAAGGAGGAUGCCUUGUUCACUCCCGAACCUACCGGUCAUGCCGACCCUGGCAGACUGCCCAUUGAGAUUCUCAAGUCGGUCAAUUCUAAGAAUCAAAAGACUAACCCGUUAGCGUUGUGGAAGCUGGCGAACCAGCGAAUUUCGCACUUUUCGUUCUCGCCGGACCAGAGACACUUGGCUGUUGUCUUGGAUGACGGCUCUCUUCGUCUGAUGGACUACCUGAAGGAAGAAGUCUUGGACAUCUUCCGCAGCUACUAUGGUGGCUUGAUCUGCGUUUGCUGGUCGCCCGAUGGCAAGUACAUUGUGACUGGUGGCCAGGACGACCUAGUCACGAUCUGGUCCUUCCCCGAACGCAGAAUCGUUGCCAGAUGUCAGGGUCACAACUCAUGGGUCUCUGCAGUUGCCUUUGACCCAUGGCGCUGUGACCAGAAGACCUACCGCUUCGGCAGUGUCGGAGAUGACUGCCGUCUUCUUCUGUGGGAUUUCAGCGUUGGCAUGUUGCACCGACCUCGUGCUCACCAUCAAGCAUCCACCCGUCAUCGCAGCAGUCUCGUCGUGCCCGGCUCGCAGACAUCGAACCGCCACCGGGCUGACAGCGGCGGUAACCGAAUGCGAUCCGACUCGGAUCGAACUGAGAAGUUUGAUGGGGAUCUGGAUCCCCUGGCCAGUCACCCUGUUGAGCCCCGUGCUCGGACUGCCCUGCUCCCACCUAUCAUGUCUAAAAUUGUUGGCGAGGACCCUAUCUGCUGGCUUGGGUUCCAGAAGGAUUGCAUCAUGACAUCCUCUCUUGAAGGUCACAUUCGAACCUGGGACCGACCCAACGACAGUGUCGUUAAGCAGGACCCUCGUCUCUGA